GCCCCCUGGCCCUCCCCCGCCGGGCUCAGGUGACAUCGGCCCCGGCGGCUUCCCGGGCUGCCGCGGAGCUUCCUGCUUCCCAGAAGGUGCCGGAGCGACUGCAACAGGAACUGAGAGACGGGGGGAGGAGGCGGUGCCGCCGCUCCGCUGCAGUCGCGGCCGGAGCCGGUGGAGCGGAGCAGAGCAGCCAUGGGCAGCCGCCCGCCGCCGCCGCGCUGAGCCGCCCCCGGCACCGACGGCAGAGGGGCCGGCGCCGCCCGCUCGCCCCUGCCGGGCGGAGCGCUUCUCGCCGCGGGGCGCUGGAGCAGCGGCGGGGGCCCGCUAUGUGACCAUGGACAGCAGGAUUAAGGAAAAUCCAGAACGUACCUUUGAUUUGGUACUGAAAGUAAAAUGCCAGGCAUCUGAAAAUGAAGAUCCAAUCGUACUGUGGAAGUUCCCGGAGGACUUUGGAGACCAGGAAGUGCUGAACAGCAUUCCAAAGUUCUGCUUUCCUUUCGACAUUGAAAGGGUGUCCCAAAACCAAGUAGGACAGCAUUUUACCUUUGUGCUCACCGACAUUGAAAGUAAACAGCGGUUUGGAUUUUGUCGUUUGACGUCAGGAGGCAAGGUCUGCCUCUGUAUUCUAAGUUACCUGCCAUGGUUUGAGGUAUACUACAAGCUCCUAAAUACCCUGGCAGAUUACUUGGCUAAAGAACAGGAAAAUGACUCGAAUGAUUUGUUGAAAUCAUUGUAUAGCCAUCCUCUGCCAAAGGCAAAUGCUUUAGUCAGUUUAAGUGUGCACUCGUAUUUCAUUACUCCUGAUAUAACUGGAUUGCCAACAAUCCCUGAAAGCAGAAACCUCACUGAAUAUUUUGUUGCUGUGGAUGUGAACAAUAUGCUGCAACUUUAUGCCAGUAUGUUGCAUGAGAGACGAAUCAUUAUUACCUCUAGCAAACUAAGCACUUUAACUGCUUGUGUUCAUGCAUCAGCUGCAUUGUUGUAUCCAAUGUAUUGGCAACACAUUUACAUCCCAGUGCUUCCUCCACAUCUUCUGGACUACUGCUGUGCACCAAUGCCUUAUCUAAUUGGCGUCCACUUAAGCUUAAUAGAGAGAGUGAAAAACAGAUCACUGGAGGAUGUGGUUUUGCUAAAUGUUGACACAAAUACUCUAGAAACCCCUUUUAAUGACCUGAACAACCUACCUGGUGAAGUGGUCUCGGCCUUGAAAAAUAAACUGAGAAAGCAGUCUACAGCUACGGGUCAUGGAGUAGCCAAGGCCUUUCUUCGGGCACAGGCAGCACUGUUUGGAUCCUACAGAGAUGCACUAAGAUACAAACCAGGAGAGCCUAUAACAUUCUGUGAGAAUAGUUUUGUGAAGCAUCGUUCCAGUACUACUAAGCAGUUCCUGGAAACUGCUGUUAAUCUUCAACUGUUUAAACAGUUUAUUGAUGGUCGGCUAUCAAAAUUAAAUGCAGGAAGAGGAUUCUCGGAUGUUUUUGAAGAAGAAAUCACAUCAGGAGGCUUUGGUGGAGGAAAUUCAAGAUCUUAUCAGCAGUGGGUGCACACAGUGAAGAAAGGCGGAGCACUGAUCAACACAGCAAUGACCAAAGCCACUCCGGCUGUGAAAACAGCAUAUAAAUUUGCAAAAUACCAGGCAAGGCAAGGAAUAAAAGAAGUGAAGAGUAAGUUAAAACACAAGGAGAGUGAGGAAGAGUAUGGAACUUGCAGUGCUGGUGCAGUACGGGCUGUUCCUGUCUACACAUUGCAUUGUGAGAAAAGAGCAAACUCUGAAAAACGAAGACUGGCACAGACUCGUUUCAAUCAGCGUCUCAGUAACCAGGAUUUUGCCUUGGAUGAAGGUGAUGAAAUGGAGAGAAUAAGCAAAAUAUCAUCAGAAGACAGUGAAGAAGCUUCUGCUUACUUUUAUGAUAGUGAUGAUUCUGGUGAAACUGGAAUAACUCCUCAGCAUCAAGGAGAAAUGGACUUGCUUGGGGAGAUUUUGGACACGCUGAGCACACACAGUUCAGAUCAAGGAAAGCUCUCAGGAGCAAAGAGCCUGGAUUUCUUUAGGUCAAUGGAUGACAUUGAUUACAAGACUGCGAACAAAUCAAAUGCACCUAGCGAGAGCAACCUUACUCUGCUCUGCAGCAGUGCUAAUGAUCAAGCAGAGUGGAACCUUGGGCAGGAUGACAGUGUCCUCCAUGGGAAGCAGCUCCCUCCAUCACCAAGGAAGCAAGUUUUUUCUGGUGGCCAUAGAGAAUCUCUCUCAAGGCUGGAAGAAGAAAGUAGUGAGAAAACCUGUAUUACUGACAAGAUGGACGCCACUAGUAUGACAUCUCUGACUCCAGUACGAUCAAGUGCCCAGUUUACUUCUCUAGAAAGUUUCAAACCAGGCUAUUCUUCCUGUGGGUAUGCAAAGCAGAAUGAAACACUAAGCAAUACCUCAGAAGAUCAGCACCCAGCAAGUCUUGCUCAACAUCCAUCCAUUCUGGUCCCCUGGGAAAAAGAGGGGAAGAAAGGAAAUGAAACUCCAGAAGAGGGUGGGCUUCUUCAAGAAGUGGUGUCAUUAUGUAAACUGAGUUCUGCUUUUCACUAUGGUUUAAAUAUUUCAAAGGAUAGCUUAUCCAGCACUAGCAGUGGAAGUAAAACAUAAGAAAACUAUAAGAGAAACUUGACUCCCAUCAGAAGUUGAAGGGAGACUACUCAGGACUCCAUAUAACAUGAUAACCAAAAGAUGAAAAAGGAAUAAAGAGGUCUUUGAUUCUAAAAAUAAUUCACUUUGGUUGAAGAGAAUUUUUUGAAUGCAUUUUCUGCCACUGGGACGUCUGCUUCUAUGUUUACCCAGUUCAUUUGUUGGCUGUAGUUAGGUCCACAAAAUGGAGCUAAAUACAUGAAUGCACUCUUAAAUCAGGUACUAGUUAGCCUCUGUGUUAAAAUACAGCAAUGGUAUGGUGCUUCCUAGCAUUUUCUUCCUCUGAGCAGCAGGAAAGAUAUCACCUAACAG